AACAGCAGCUGAACUUCUUUAAACAUAAGAUCAUCAAGAGCAAAAACACAAUGAAAUCAGUUACAGCUUUUGUUCUUCUUAUCUGCCUGUUUGCUGUUGUGGUGAAAGGGCAGGCAAAGGUUCUGAAGGGCAGGUGUUUAUGUGCUGACAAAGGAGUGAACAUGGUUCCUCCAAAAAUGAUUGAGAAGGUUGAAAUUAUACCACCAAGUCCAUCUUGUGAAAACCAGGAGAUUGUUGUUACUCUGAAGAAUAGCACAGAGCGAAAAUGCCUAAAUCCAGAAUCAAAUUUCACUAAGAAUUACAUUGUGAAGGCUAUUAAAAAACAGAGGAGCCAGCAGAAGCUUGCAAUAUGAAUUCAGAGAAAUUAUUGUUUAGUCCAAGAGAAUAACACCCUGAUAUCAGCAUCAUGCACUAAGCAACUGGAUAUCCUUCAUUCACCCGACAAGACAGAGCAGAGUUUCAUACACAAAAUAUUUCAUAAUCCAGUGUUCAUAAAGCUUCAUUAUGUACAUUUUCCUUAACUGAUUAACCUAUAAAAUUAUCGUGAUUCACUAUGUAUUUGUACUUUUCAAAGUAAUAUUUUUGUAAUGCAUAUUUUUCCUG